AUGAUCGAAAAAUUCUAUACUCUGGAUAACAGAGCACCGUACACUUUUGUAAAAGGCAGCUUAGAUUCUUUUGUGCUAGAUAAUGUUCUAAUUAAGGAUACUGAUAUUAGUGAUCUGUGUGUACACUGGGGUAAUGGUGAGAAACCAAUGGAGAUAGAAAUGUAUAGAGUUCUUUCAAAGAAUAGUGAUCCCCAAACUGUUUUGAAGGGAGAAAUAGAUAAUUUGUUUGAUCCUGAUUAUUGGCCUGAAAGAGAAAAAGAAGUUAGAGACUUACUGCUUCUUCAAAGUGAAGAGGAUUUCGAUGACGCAAAGAAGAGAGCGAUAGCUGAAUUAGAGAAAACUGAUUAUAGGAAUAACUUUAGCGAUUUACCUAGGCAGAUUUGGUAUCAAAUAUAUUUAUAUAUCAGGGAGUUAAAAUCAGAAUUCUGUAACUUAUCGAUAAAAGACAGAAAGAAAGCGAUUGUGAAAGUCAAUAUGAAUCAGCAAGCAUAUUGGCGCAUUACAAAACUUUUUGAUGAAGCGGAUGAUGAAUAA